UUUGAAUGGACUAGCAUUUAUUUUGGUAAAAAAUCGAACAUUUAAUAUAUUUUUAGUAGUUAUUGGGAAUGUGCUCUGUGCUGUAGGAAUAACAGAAAAUAUAGUUAUAGUUUUGCCAGAACUAUUUUCUAAGACGACAAUUAGUUCACUCAUACAUGCAUAUAAGUCAUUGAUAGUGUACUGAAAGACAUUUUAUUUGCAGAAAAAUCGUUAAUAAUGCAAUAGAAAAUCGACUGGCAUUUAGGUAGAAGUUUUAUAAGACAAACAUUUUUUGCUAAAGUGAAUGUCUGUAAAGUGACUCAAUUUGAAAGAUUUUGAGCCAUAACAAUAUCGUCAUCAUGAAAUGUGUCAGAAAUUCCCUUUAAAACUUGUGUAGGUCUAUUUGGGUCAAUGGCCAUGUUAGAAAAACGAUUACACUGGUAACCCAUCGGAUACGAACGUUUAUUUUGUUGUUUUGUGGUUAUUUUGAUCGAAUAAGGAGAUGAAUGGACAAUUGGUUUUGAAUAGGCGCAUGAAGGCAGUUUUAAAGAGAUAAAACAAAUUACAUUGCUAAAGAAGAACUAACUUUUGAGCGAAUCUUCGUUAUUGCUAAAGAAGAACUAGCUUUUCAGCGAAUCUUCGUUCAACUUAUUGCUAAAGAAUAACUAGCUUUUGAGCGAAUCUUCGUUAAACUUAUUGCUAAAGAAGAACAAGCCUUUGAGCGAAUCUUCGUUUAACUUAUUGCUAAAGAAGAACUAGCUUUUGAGCGAAUCUUUUUAAAACUAGCUUUUAAGCGAAUCUUCUAAAAAACUAGCUUUUGAGCGAAACUUAGUUAUGGGAUGUACAGCGUCAAUGAUAGCUGAAACAAAUUCAACAAAGACUAAGAAUUAUGGCUAUCAAAAAGUUUCCCAACCUAAAAAGGACAGGGAAGUCGUUCCAGACUUCACACUCGCAAGUGAAGUAAAAGGUGGGGAAGUUAAUUCAAGAAAGGAAAAAAGUGAAGUUACUAAGAUGAAGGAAAAAGAAAAACAGGGUGUGGAUUUUCUGGAUGAAGCGGUCAAGAUCCAUAACGAAUAUAGAUCCAGACACGGCGUCGCUGAUUUGAAACCAUCAAAACCUCUCACAGCGCAAGCGCAGAAAUGGGCCAAUGAGAUUGCAGAACGUGGCAUGCUCAUACAUAGCGAAUGUAAACUGACCAAUGGGGAUCAAAUAGGGGAGAACAUAUAUAUGUGCUGGUCAUCUAAUGGAAACAACGAAGUUAUAGCCAGAGAUGCAGUCCGCUCCUGGUAUAACGGAGUCGUCCAUUACAAUUUCGACAGCCCAGAAUUUUCAUACAAAACUGGAUAUUUCACUCAGGUAGUUUGGACAGAAUCAAAAUUGCUUGGAAUUGCGUGUGCUAAAUCUAACGAGGGAAACAUCUAUGUUGUUGCAAAUUACGCACCCGCCGGAAAUGUACACGGGUGUUUCCAUAGAAACGUGUUGCCAAGAACAGAUAGUCCCAGGAACCCGGAUGGUAGUUUAAUGGAUAAUAUUGAUGCAUUUUCCAAAAGGGAUAUAAAGAACAAUACUGUCCGUGGUGAAAUUAGUGCAAAUGAAAGUAGUCCGCGAGGUAAGAAUGAAAUUGAAAGUGAUGACGUCAUUAAAAACGUCGAUGACGCUAAUGAAAAUAAACUGAUCAUGGACAGAGGCCAGAACAAAUUAAAUGAUGAUGACGUCAUUGAAAAAACAGAUGAGCAAAUAGAAAUGACCUGAUCAAAAACAUGGGUGACAUUAUUAAUUAUUCCUAGAAUCACUUGUGGUCAGUACUGGUUUGUAAAUGUGUUUUAUAUAGGUUUUGGAUAAAUAUCAUAACACCA